UUUGAGCGAGCGUCGGGAGCAAGCCUAGGAACUCCCCGCAGCGCCGCCCGCAGCCGCCACUCGAAGCCCGCAGACCGCGCCGCCUCCGCCCGCCGCGUCCCCCGCGAUGCUCGCCCGUGCGCUGCUGCUGUGCGCCGUCCUCGCGCUCAGCCAGGCAGCAAAUCCGUGCUGUUCCCACCCUUGUCAAAACCGAGGUGUAUGUAUGAGUGUGGGAUUUGACCAGUACACGUGUGAUUGUACCCGGACGGGAUUCUAUGGAGAAAACUGCACCACGCCUGAAUUUCUGACAAGGAUAAAGUUACUACUGAAGCCCACUCCGAACACCGUGCACUACAUACUGACCCACUUCAAAGGGAUCUGGAACGUCAUCAAUAACAUCCCCUUCCUGCGAAAUGCAAUAAUGAGAUAUGUGUUGUCGUCCAGAGCACAUCUGAUUGAGAGUCCACCCACUUACAACUUGCAUUAUGGCUACAAAAGCUGGGAAGCCUUCUCGAACCUCUCCUACUACACCAGAGCCCUUCCUCCUGUGGCUGACGACUGCCCAACGCCCAUGGGCGUGAAAGGGAAGAAGGAGCUUCCUGAUUCAAAAGAGAUUGGGAACCUGCUGAGAAGAAAGUUCAUCCCUGAUCCUCAAGGCACAAAUAUGAUGUUUACAUUCUUUGCUCAGCACUUCACCCAUCAGUUUUUCAAGACGGAUCAUAAGCGAGGACCAGCUUUCACCAAAGGACUGGGCCAUGGGGUGGACUUAAAUCAUGUUUAUGGCGAAACUCUGGAUAGACAGCAUAAGUUGCGCCUGUUCAAGGAUGGGAAACUGAAGUAUCAGAUCAUCGACGGAGAGCUGUACCCACCCACAGUCAAAGAUACCCAGGUAGAGAUGAUCUACCCGCCUCACGUCCCCGAGCACCUGCGGUUUGCUGUGGGACAGGAGGUCUUCGGUCUGGUGCCCGGUCUGAUGAUGUAUGCCACCAUCUGGCUGCGGGAACAUAACCGGGUGUGCGACGUGCUUAAGCAGGAACACCCAGAGUGGGACGAUGAGCGUUUGUUCCAGACAACCAGGCUAAUACUGACUGGAGAGACUAUUAAGAUUGUGAUCGAAGACUAUGUCCAGCACUUGAGUGGCUAUCACUUCAAACUGAAGUUUGAUCCAGAGCUGCUGUUCAACCAACAGUUCCAGUACCAAAACCGAAUUGCUGCUGAGUUUAACACUCUCUACCACUGGCAUCCCCUUCUGCCUGACACCUUUCAGAUCGAUGACCAGGAGUACAACUUCCAACAGUUUGUCUACAACAACUCUAUCUUACUGGAACACGGACUGACCCAGUUUGUUGAGUCAUUCACCAGGCAAAUUGCCGGCAGGGUGGCUGGUGGUCGGAAUGUUUCCCCUGCGGUGCAAAAAGUAGCAAAGGCUUCAAUCGACCAGAGCAGAGAGAUGAAGUACCAGUCCCUUAACGAGUACCGCAAGCGCUUUUCCCUGAAGCCCUAUGAAUCAUUUGAAGAACUGACAGGAGAGAAGGAAAUGGCCACGGAGUUGGAAGCACUGUAUGGUGACAUUGAUGCCAUGGAGCUGUAUCCAGCCCUGCUGGUGGAAAAGCCACGCCCAGACGCCAUCUUUGGUGAGACCAUGGUAGAACUUGGAGCGCCAUUCUCCUUGAAAGGACUGAUGGGUAAUCCUAUCUGUUCUCCUGAGUACUGGAAGCCCAGCACCUUCGGUGGAGAAGUAGGUUUUAAAAUCAUCAACACAGCCUCCAUUCAGUCUCUCAUCUGCAAUAACGUGAAGGGCUGUCCCUUUACUUCAUUCAGCGUUCAAGAUGCACAGCUCAGCAAAACGGUCACCAUCAACGCAAGCGCUUCCCACUCCAGACUAGAUGAUAUCAACCCCACAGUACUGCUAAAGGAACAGCGCUCAACCGAACUGUAGCGGUCCACGGGUCCUAUUUAUUUAUUUAUAUGAACGAUGCCGUUUUAACUUAAUUAUUUAAUGAUAUUUAUGUUGUCCUCAUGUUACUUAACAUCUUCUGUUACAGAAGGCUGUACUCCUGUUGCGGAGAAAGGGGUUACACUUGUGAAGGUUUUUGUAUCACUACUCUAAAGAUGUUUUUCCUUCAAGUUCAAGGGGAAGGCCGUUUUCGUUCUUUUUUGGUAAACCGAUGAGAAAUGGACUGUUACAUCUUCUUACUUGAAUUUCCAUUUAUAUUAUGUUACAAUAAGAACAAAGUAUGGAUGUGUAAAUCUUGUUUACAAGGUGACAAAAUGCUGCAAGUUUUUACACUGUCAGUCUUUCCACUGUCUCUUUCAUGAUGCAUUAGACGCAACUAGUGUUCUGGCAUUUUACUUUCUGGGUAUUUGUCAUCAAACAAACAAACAAAGCUACAAGAGCAUUUUUUAAUGGAUGUUUAAAUCAGACAUUACCCAUAAUUUCAUGCCUAUUUUUUAAUCGGCAUUGAAAGAAUCCUUUAACAUUUCUAAAUUCAUAGGAUAAAGUCUCUUAGAAGUGAUUCUAAAUUACCAUUCCUGGUGAAAAUGUUGCAGGAGAUUUGCUUCUUCACCAGCAGUGAAAAUAUUAUUACUGCGACUGUUACAAUUUCCUUUUAUAUCGAAAUGCCUAAAGUGUUAAGGUGCUGAAGACACUGCAGUCCUGUCUUAAAACAAGAAUUUAUUUUAUGUGGAGAGAUUCCAGAAUUUGAUACUAUGGCUAGUAGCAAGCAAAAUCUAUAGCAUCAAAAGAUUCUACACUUGAUAUAAGAAAUAACAAGAAAAUCAGACUAGUUCAAAUUUGGGUUUAAACUAUUGAAGGAGACUGCAUUUCACCCCUGUGUACUGCAGGCCUGCUAGUUAACAGAUUUCAUUCUGAGGCUCAUGAGUUCCUAAGCUGAACUUGGAUAGUAAUCUCUGUCUUAGCCUUUCUGUUGCACAGUAUGCUGUAGCAAUCCAUAAUACAGGGGGAAAAGUAGCAAUGGCCUUAAAACACCUCUUCAAAAUGCUUACAUUUAUUUCACAUAUUAGCUCCACAGAAUCUUGGUAAGCCCAUUUGGCAUGUACAUCGCCUAUGUAUGCUCCUCUUAGUUUUUAAGAGAAGCUUUCCUCUGAUGGAUUUCUUUCAUCUGUGUUGUUUUCCUGGCUUUAAGGGCAGAGUUCAUCUUUCUUUGGACUCUACUUUCUUACUUGAACUUUUAAAAAUUUUCAGGAAAACCUCAGCUCAGGACUACUACCUAGCUCUUAGUAAGAAGAAAAUAAAAGCCUCUUUUUAAGAAAAGGAUCCAUUGAUUUUAACUAAAGGCAGAGACUCUUAUUUAUAACUAAUUUUAACUCUCUGUAACCAAGAAACCUGCAAAAAGGGGAAUACCUUAGAGCUAUAGGAUGUUCUUGAAAGGACAGAAGCUGUACUCCAUGAGCGUUCUGACUAAUUCUCAGCAAUAAUGAUGAUAAUAAUAAUGAAAUAUGAUGAUGACAAUGCCAGUUUUCCACAUCUCAUUUCAGCUGACAUUUGAUGGUACUGUACUUAAUUUAUUGAGGAUUAUUUAUGUUUUAUUAGGAUGUUAUAAAUUGUGUAAGCUUGCAAUCAUUUAUUUAAAAUUAUGUCAGAAUCAAUAUAUCUUUGGGGGUUGCCUCUCUAAAUUAUUAUGUAGCCAAUCAAAAAUGAUUGGGUUAAGACUUGUGAUUAAAUGUCCAGAAACUCAACCCUGGUAUAUUGAAAUGUUUAAGGUUGGAAUUUAUGUCUUUUGGAUUUUCCUCACAUCCCCCCUACAGAGAUCGUUGUCUCAUUAGCCUGGAUGUACCCUAAUACUGACGGUUCAUACAUUUUUGAAGGACCUGUGGAUACUUCAUUGAUUUCAUUCAACCAUAAUUUAUUGAGAAAAUAUUCUGUAUCAAGUGCUGUAGGUUUUAAUAUUUUUAAAUCAAGCACUGAUUCCUGAUAAGAAUAGUAUUUAUGUAGAUAACUGAAAAAAUGAGUGUCUAGGAAGAGGGGAAAAAUGAAAUAGAUUUCAUGAAUGAGAAAUAACUCAGGAGAUAUUUAAGAUUUUUUUAAAGGGUUAAGAUAAGAAAUAGUCAAUAUUAGAAUGACUUGUAUUUGUUAACUUGAUUUUUUUUUUUUUUUUUUUGAAAACUUGAUCUGUUACUAACAUCAACCUGCUGACCAAACUUGGAACUUCAGGUUGUGUAUGUGAAUGUUACAGUGCCUCAGACAAGUGUCUAUUUAAAUUAACUUAUGUAAAGUGUAAGCCUUGAAACAAAUCCCUGUUUAUUUUUAUACUAUUUAAAGACUGAAAAAAUCUCUUUGGAAAAUAAAUUUUGAUUGUUUCCAGCUA